UCCUCCUGAUGGAACACGUGUGUGAUCCCCUCUUUAUAAAGCGUCCAUCCUAACAUGGCAAUAACAGCACUGGAUAUCAUCACGUGGAGAUCUGCAACACGCCUCCAGGGCAAAGUCUCUGUGAAGAAAACCAAAAUAUGCAAUGGAUCUUUCUCUGCAGCCCCGGCGCUGCUGAUGGAAUUCAAACACACAACAAUGGCGACUCCCGGUCCCAACAACUCAACGACACCGAGCGGCCACAACGGCAGCAACAACGGAGGAUCCGCGGCCCAGCACCAGCACCAGCAGACCCAGCACAUCACCACGAUGAGCAGCAUGCAGGAGUCCAACACCUGCUGGAGAUGUCAGAGUGAAACAGGCUUUCAGAUAAACCUGUCUGGAGCUCCCCCAAGUAAACGCAAAGCCCUGAAGUUGAACUUUGCCAACCCACCGAUCAAACCCACGACUAGGUUCACGCUGAACACAGCGGGGCCGCCUUUCCAAAACCCGCACAUAGAGAGGCUGAGAACACACAGCAUUGAGUCAUCAGGAAAGUUGAAGAUUUCGCCAGAGCAGCACUGGGACUUCACGGCCGAGGACCUGAAAGAUUUGGGCGAGAUUGGCCGAGGGGCUUACGGUUCUGUCAACAAGAUGGUGCACAAGCCGAGUAACCAGAUUAUGGCGGUCAAGCGAAUUCGUUCAACGGUUGAUGAGAAGGAGCAGAAGCAGCUGCUGAUGGACUUGGACGUGGUCAUGAGGAGUAGUGAUUGUCCUUACAUCGUGCAGUUUUACGGUGCUCUGUUCAGAGAGGGUGACUGUUGGAUUUGUAUGGAACUUAUGGCUACCUCUUUAGACAAAUUUUACAAGUUUGUAUAUUGCUCAUUAGACAACGUGAUUCCAGAAGAAAUAUUAGGAAAAAUAACAUUAGCUACUGUGAAAGCGCUUAACCACUUAAAAGAAAACUUGAAAAUAAUACACAGAGACAUUAAGCCGUCAAACAUCCUCCUGGACAGGAACGGCAACAUAAAGCUGUGUGACUUUGGCAUCAGUGGUCAGCUGGUGGACUCCAUCGCCAAAACCAGAGAUGCAGGUUGCAGACCAUACAUGGCACCAGAGAGAAUAGACCCCAGCGCCUCCAGGCAAGGCUACGACGUCCGCUCAGAUGUUUGGAGUUUGGGAAUCACACUGUACGAGCUGGCCACAGGACGGUUUCCCUACCCAAAAUGGAACAGUGUGUUUGACCAGUUGACCCAGGUGGUGAGAGGAGACCCUCCACAGCUCAGCAACUCGGAGGAGAGGCGCUUCUCACCCACGUUCAUCGCCUUUGUCAACUUGUGCCUUACAAAGGAUGAGUCGAAAAGGCCAAAGUACAAAGAGCUACUGGUGAGUUCAUGUCGAGUCAUCAUGACAUCUACAACCCUCUCUGUAUCCUCUUAUAAAAUACAAAAUGAAGGGUUCACAACAUAUUAA